AAUCUUUGGUUUCCAUAAAAAAAGAGCAGAUCAGUAAACUUCUCAAUGAGCGUUCCGAAAAGAAUAAACAAAUUAAUAAUUUGUGUGACGAAAUUACAAAUUUUCGCGGAGAAAUACUUGAAUUAGAAAGGAACUUUAAUUACAACAGCAGCCCGGAAAAAUUGAUUUCUUUUAAUAAAAAAUUAAAGGAUUUUGAAACUCGUUUGAAUGUUAAAAGAAACGAUGUAGAGUCAAUUAUAAGAAAAGAUAUGCGUCAUUAUAAUAUAAUGGGAAUUCGGCAAAAUCUUAGUCGAUUCCGUUCUUAUUCAGUGAGCAGAAUUGAUAAUGUGGAAAGAUAUUUGGUCAACAAGCUCCGAACUUAAAAAACAAGUCAAAAAACUAUUAUUAAAGCAUGAACAAAUUCAGAAAUUGGAUAAUUUUUCCAUAGAAGAAUGGGUAGGUAAUUUAAAAAAUUGUAUGAGCAAACAAAAAGUCACUUUUACUGAUUUGUUUAAAAUGAUUGAUAAAAAUUGUGAUGGUGUUAUUGAUUUAAAUGAUUUUGUGUCGGAGAUUCUUCAUCUUUAUCCGUCUUUGACUAGCGUGAGUGAUCUUGAAAGAAUUUGGUCGUUAAUGAAAUAUCAACCAAAAAGUGGAGUAAAAUUGAAUACAUUUGUUGAGGGUUUCAAAAUUUUAUCAGAAACGUUUGGCAAUUCAAAUAUUAGGCGACUUGUUAGAAUCACGCCCAGUUCAGCAAUGAUUCGUGUUGGUGGUGGGUGGUUAACUCUUGAGGAAUUUCUUCAGAGAUAUGAUCCUUGUCGAUGUAAUAUUAAUUUAUAUUUCCUAGAAGAGAUAAUGGGUCUAAGCAUGAGUAAGAAAUACGAAAAGUUUUAUCUCAUGUUAAUUUAUUGUAGAGAAAUCACUAUUACUCUGAUAGGAAAUGCAAAUGCAGGAAAAACAAUACUGUCAAAAAGAAUUAAGGGAGACAAAUUUAGUAAAACUGUUCCAACAAUUGGAAUCCAACGAUUAAAUUUUGUUAGUGACAAAGUUCUUAUUAAUAUAAACGACAUUGGUGGGAAUUCCUCAAUCAUGAAAAUAUGGGAAAAUUAUUAUCCCGAGUCAUUUGGAAUUAUUUAUGUAAUUGAUUCAGAAGAUAGAAAAGUAUUUGAAAAUUCAAUUCUACAGUUAAAAAACAUUUUAAAUCACUCUCAUGUCGUUGAUAAGCCAAUUUUAAUAGUACUUAAUAAAUGUGAGCUGGAUCAUUGUCUUUGUUCUGAAGAAGUGGAAACUUUGAUAAAUAUUAAUGAAUACAAAAAUAUUUUCAUGACUGAAUGUUCCUGUUCAGUAAAUAAUAAUCAUCCUCUGUAUAAAUUAUUGUUAAAAAAUUUUAAAAUUUUUAUAAAUGAAAUAUCAUCAAAUUAUGAAAUUCUUUUAAAAAGAAUCAACGUCGAUAAACAAUCUUUAAAAACAGAUGUUGAGACUAAAAUUGAAAACAACGAACUGAAGGACCAAGUUAUACUUGGUGAUGUCCCUGUAACUUUCAUAAGGCGUAGUACACUUUUUGAAACGGUUAAAAAAGCUGAAAAUUUAAAUGAUCCAGUGAACACGAGUAUUCCUGAACAACAUGAUGAAAAAAUUGAAAAAAAAGUAACAAUUGCCGAAAUUGAUGAGGAUAUUGCCGAAAAUAAUGAUAAAUAUAUUGACGAUGGAGUAGACUACGAUAUUUAUUUUUAUUUAUUUAAUGACCAAAAGACCAGGCCCCCUGAACAAGGCUAUCUGCUACUUCUCGAAGAAAAUUUCGAAGCAAGAGCAAUGGCUAUAUCAAAGCACCAAACUUAUACUGCUAUUUGUCGUAGGAGGUCUGCCUUGGCAAAGGAAAGAAAUCGCCUUAAGAAAUCAAACCAAAUGACUUCGGAUCUAAUGAUCCGUGUCAGAACAUUGAAUACCAUAUUAAAGGCUAGAGAACACAGAUAUAAGUGUUUUGAGCAGAAUUCCAGAUUACCGGCAAAUGUCGCGACAAAACCGAUCAGCCGCUCGGUGUGA